AUGAGACAUGGCUUUGAACAAGAUUACAAUUCAGAAAACUUUUUGAAUCUAUUGGCUAAUACAUUCUAUAUCUACUUCGAUGAUAAACGUCAGAACACAAAUGGGAACCCUAUCACUACUGAGAUGAAACAAUCGGCCAAAUUAUAUAAAAAUUAUCAACCUAUAGCUGAUUGGAAAGUUAUGAAAGAACGUCAGAAAACUAUCAGUGCCGUCUUGGUUCUUUGUCUAAAUUUAGGUGUUGAUCCUCCUGAUGUCAUGAAAACUUAUCCUUGUGCAAAGUUAGAAGCUUGGUGUGAUCCAUCAUCAUUUCCUGAUACUAAAAAAGCCAUUGAAAACAUUGGUAAAUGUUUACAAUCUCAAUAUGAAACUUUAUCAUUAAGAACGAGAUAUAAGCAAUCACUUGAUCCCUGUGUUGAAGAUGUCAAACGUUUCUGUAAUACCUUAAGAAGAAAUGCCAAAGAUGAACGAAUAUUAUUUCAUUACAAUGGUCAUGGUGUUCCUCAACCAACUUCAAGUGGUGAAAUAUGGGUAUUCAAUAGAGGUUAUACUCAAUAUAUACCUAUAUCAUUAUAUGAUUUACAAACUUGGUUAGGUGCUCCUGUCAUAUUUGUCUAUGAUUGUAAUAGUGCCGGUAAUAUCGUUCAUAACUUUAAAAAGUUUGUUCAAAAAAGAAUCGAUGAUGAUAAUGAAGGUAAUCAUGAUACAAGUGCUCCAUCUCCAACUUCGGCUUAUCUUGAUUGUAUUCAACUUGCUGCAUGUAAAAGUAAUGAACUUUUACCCAUGAGUCCUCAACUCCCAGCUGAUUUAUUCACUUGUUGUUUGACUUGUCCUAUCGAUAUUAGUAUAAAAUGGUUUAUUAUGCAAAGUCCAUUAAAAAAGAAUUAUUAUUCCUUAUUACCAAAAAAUUCAGUUGGAAAUGUCAUAAUACCGGGUAAGUUAACCGAUAGAAGAACUCCAUUAGGUGAAUUAAAUUGGAUUUUCACAGCCAUAACAGAUACCAUUGCAUGGACUUCACUUUCAAGACCAAUCUUUAAACGUUUGUUUAGACAAGAUUUAAUGGUGGCUGCAUUAUUCAGAAAUUUCUUAUUAGCAAAACGUAUAAUGCCUCAUUUAAAUUGUAAUCCAAUAAGUGAUCCUCCACUUCCAGAUUCAUUAAGAUUCCAUUCAAUGUGGGACUCAUGGGAUUUAGCUAUCGAUCAAGUGUUUUCUCAAUUAAUAAAAAGCAAACCACAAACACCAGCAUCUCGUCCUCCAUCUACCAAUCCUGCUAAUGGUUCAUCAACAGCCAAACCUAAAGCAAAUGGAACAGCUCCAGCUACCGUGACACCAAUUCCAACCUCAGCUGCAACCCUCGCCAAUCAAAAUCUUACAAAUUAUCAACAUUCUACUUUCUUCGAACAACAACUUACAGCGUUUGAAAUUUGGUUAAAGUAUGCAGGCCCAUCUACUAAAGAACCUCCUGAACAAUUACCAAUUGUUUUACAAGUGUUACUUUCUCAAGUUCAUAGACUUCGUGCAUUAAUCUUAUUGUCUAAAUUCUUAGACUUGGGUCCUUGGGCAGUCUACCUUUCGCUUUCGAUUGGUAUUUUCCCCUAUGUAUUAAAAUUAUUACAAAGUCCUGCUCAAGAAUUGAAACCAGUCUUGAUAUUCAUUUGGGCCAGAAUAGUCGCCAUCGAUUAUAAGAGCACUCAACAAGAAUUAUGUAAGGAUAAAGGAUAUAAUUACUUUUAUUUGAUUCUCAAUUCGAAUCAAAGCAAUCAAAUCGGUGCACCGGGAGCUCCAGGUAGUUAUAGCAGUAAUGGUUCUGCUAAUGCUAGUAUUUUAAUCAAUGAUGAUCAUAAAGCCAUGAGUGCAUUUAUUUUAACUUUAUUUAUUAAAGAAUUUAAAAAUGGUCAAAGAUUAUGUUUCUCUAUUGAAAUCAUUAAUAAUUGUUUAAGAUUUAUUCAAACUAGUGAAAAUCCAUUGUUAAGACAAUGGUGUGCAUUAUUAUUAUCCCAACUUUGGAAUAAAUAUCCCGAUGGUAAAUGGAUAGCGUAUAAAGAUGGUCAUUUAAAUAAGUUGUUGAUGUUGAUUAGUGAUCCAAUUCCUGAAGUCAGAACUUCAAUUAUUGUCGCCAUUACAAAUUUCUUAAGUGAAGAUAUGCCUGCUCAAGGUCAACAACAAGCCAUGUCAUCUGAUGUGAGAAAAGAAGAAGUUAGACAAAAUGAUUUGAAAUUAGCUAAUACCAUUUUAUCCUUAUUGGGAGAUGGUUCUUCUAUUGUCAGAAAGGAAAUUGUAUUUUUCAUAAGUAGAUUCAUCAGCAUUUAUUCCAAGUUCUUCUUGGUUGUUGCUUUUAAUCAGUUAGAAGAAGAAAUCGUUUUGAUUGAUAAUGCCAACUAUUUAAAUGAAUUCAGAAAAAGGUCACCUGCUUAUGGGUCAGUUUUCAGUUCGAUUUGGAAAUCUCUUUUAAUCUUAUCAGAAGAUCCUCAUUUGGAAGUGAAACAAUUGGCAGAAAUAUUAAUUGAUUUCGUUAUGGUUAAAUUGAAUGAAAGUGAAUUAGGUCCAUUGGUUAAGGAAAUGCAAGAUUAUUUAAUUGGAAAAUCAACAGUAAAUAUUAGUGAAAGUUUCAAACCAUCAAGUCCAAUUGCAAGUAGACAAAUUGGUCAAAAAAGACAAGCAUCAAGUGGUUCAGUUAUGAAUCGUAAAAAUAACAUGUUAACUAUUAAUGGAUCUUCUUUAACUACCAGGUCAGUGUCAGCCAAUAAUCAUAUCCCAAAUCAGAACUAUAAUAAUAAUUCAUCUGACACUGAAUCAAUCUCUUCAUAUAUCAAAGGAAUGUCAUUUUCGAAAUUAUUCAAAUCAUUUAAUAUCGAUGAAGAUAAUGAAAUUAAGAAUUUUUCUCGUAUACUUAAUUCAGGACCAAUUCAAACUAAUUAUGGUGCUGAAUAUAAACCAAAGACUCCAUUUUAUAAAGAACGUGAUUUAAGCAUUCCCCCACAAAUGCCAGCUGAGUCAGGAUUCUUUGAAUAUAGUUGUGAAUAUUUCCAAGAGCCACAAAUGUCAAAGAAUGAAAUUGACGAGCCAGGUUCAGAAGAGUAUGUUAAACGAUUAUGGAGGAGAAAUAGAAACGAAUCGAUUAUUCAAGAAACUCAACCCCAGAAGGAAUUAGCAGUAAGGGGUGAUUGGAAUAAGAAUGUGAUUUCAUUAAGUAAUAAAUCACAACCUAGAUGUAUAAAGUUUACUCAAUUUGAAAAAGUGUUGGUUGCAAGUGAUGAGAAAGAUAAUGUUUCAGUUUGGGAUUGGGAAGAAAAUAAAAUAGUAAAGAAAUUUUCCAAUGGUAAUCCAUUCGGUACAAAAGUCACUGAUAUAAAAUUCUUAAAUGAAGAUGACUUACCAUUAUUGUUGACAGGCUCAUCAGAUGGAGUCAUAAAAAUCUAUAAAAAUUUUCAUAAUUGUGAAGAAGAUGAUGAGUAUGAUGAAUUUAAUGAUAAAAAAGUUGAAUUGGUUGCUUCUUGGAGAGCUCUUACCGAUUUACUUUUAACUUCUAAAAGUUCUGGUUUAAUAUCAGAAUGGCAACAAUCAAGAGGUUCAUUGCUUGUUAGUGGUGAUGUUAAAAUCAUUAGAGUCUGGGAUGCUCCUAGGGAAUUAUGUUUGGUUGAUAUUCCAGCCAGAUCAUCAUCAUCCAUUACUUCAUUAACUUCAGAUCAAGUUGCUGGUAAUAUAUUCAUAGCAGGUUUUGAUGAUGGAACUUUAAGGGUGUAUGAUAGAAGAUUGGAUUCUCGAGAAUCCAUGGUGAAACUUUGGAGAAAUACCAAAGGUGGUAGUAACGGUGUUCCCUCCCCAGGUAGGGUUUCUAGUGGAGGAUCUAUUAGGAAUGUACAUAUGCAAAGAGGUGGUUAUAGAGAAUUAGUCAGUGGAUCGUCAGAUGGUACUGUUAAACUUUGGGACAUUAGAUCAGAUGAACCAGUUGUUUCCUUCAUUGCAUCAGAUAGAUCAACAAGAUGUAUCGAUACCCAUGAACAUGCUCCUAUCAUAACCACAGGAUCUAAAUCAGUAAACAUCUGGACCACAUCUGGUGAUUUAGUCUCCACAUUAAAGAAUCCUCAUGAAACUUAUUUAACUAAUAGAACUUCAAGUUAUCUUGCAAGUACCGCAUUCCAUCCUCAUCGUAUGAUUGUCGCUACCAAUUAUAAUCAAGAUGGGCAUAUUAAUAUCUACACAUGUAGUGAUAUAAAUAUUGACUAUUAA